CCCCUCCAGUGUUUUCUGUGUCUCGCAUGUGUGCUUCAUUCUCUUCCAUUUUUGCUGUGAACUGCGAUCAUGCCACCCAAGAAGGAUACUAAGCAGUCGUCCUCAAAACCUAAAGAUAAGCCAUCAGGUGGUGGUGGAAAAGCUAAGAAGAAGAAGUGGUCCAAGGGAAAAGUCAGGGACAAACUGAACAACUUGGUCCUCUUUGACAAAGCCACAUAUGAUAAGCUGUACAAAGAAGUCCCCAGCUACAGGCUGAUCACUCCUUCUGUUGUGUCUGAAAGGCUGAAGAUCCGAGGCUCACUUGCUCGCCGUGGAUUGCAGGAACUGCUCUCUAAGGGCCUGAUCAAAGAGGUGUCUAAACAUCACUCACAGCUAAUUUACACCAGAGCAACAAAGGGCAGUGAAGAACCUGCUCAUUGAUGUGGAUAAUUUGGAGUAAAUAAAUUCAGUUUCCUAUUGA